CCCAGAGAUGCUUUGCGAGUAGGAGUGCUGUCGUUGUGGAGAAGGGAAAGAGAAAAUGGCGGUGGCAGUGCGAACUUUGCAAGAACAGCUUGAGAAAGCAAAAGAAAGCUUAAAAAAUGUAGACGAGAACAUUCGCAAAUUAACGGGUCGUGACCCCAACGAGCUCAGGCCUGGCCAAACGAGAAGACUGACCAUCCCAGGCCCUGGUGGAGGUAGGGGGCGUGGCAUCAAUUUACUAAGGCGUGGACUCUCGGACGGAGGAGUAGGACCCCCAGCUAAGCAGAGAGAUAUUGAAGGGGCUUUAUUAAGGCUGGCAGGUGAUCGACGGGCAAGAAGAGAGUCACGCCAUGAAAGCGACGCUGAAGAUGAAGAGGAUGUUAAAAAGCCAGCGUUGCAGUCAUCAGUUGUUGCUACCUCCAAAGAGCGAACACGUCGAGACCUUAUUCAGGACCAAACCAUGGAUGAAAAGGGCAAGCAAAGGAAUCGACGCAUGUUUGGCCUGUUGAUGGGUACGCUACAGAAGUUUAAACAAGAGUCAACUGUUGCUACAGAAAGGCAAAAAAGAAGGCAGGAGAUUGAGCAAAAGCUUGAGGUCCAGGCAGAAGAAGAACGUAAAAAAGUUGAAAAUGAAAAAAGAGAGCUAUUUGAAGAACGUCGUGCCAAACAAACCGAGCUGAGGCUUUUGGAACAAAAAGUUGAACUUGCUCAGUUGCAAGAAGAGUGGAACAUGCACAACAUGAAAAUUAUAAAAUAUAUAAGAACAAAGACAAAACCGCCUGUAUUCUAUAUUCCUGGCCGAAUGUGUUCAGCCACUCAUAAGCUGCUUGAGGAUUCACAGAAAAAGAUGAAUGGUAUCUUACAAUCAAGGCGUGAAGAGUUUGCUGAGCAGCUUAAUAAAAUGGAAGCUCGGCCUAGGCGUCACUCCCUGAAGGAGAAAGAGCAGGAGGAGUUGAAAAAUGAAGAUCGGCAGAAUGAAGAACAGGAGGAGGGUAAGCGGGCUCAGCAAGAAGCCGAGAUGGAAGAGACAGGUAAUCAGCACAAUGAUAUUGAGAUGGAGGAACCAGGAGAUGAGAGAGAGGUUAGCUUAGUUCAUAGUGAUGUAGAACCAGAACAGGAAAGCAGCACUGUAAAACAAACAGAAGAGCAACAACACGAACAGCCUAUGGAGGUUAGAGAUGAGGACGAGGAAGAAGAGGAGGAGGAGGAGGGUAUUUGUGGUGCUGUGAAAGAACCACAGGAGAGGCAGCCAGAUAGUUGUUCAGAUGCUCAAGAGUAUAUAUUGCCUGCACAGGUAGAAAAUGAUCAGGAAAUGGUAGAGAGAAAAGAUGACACCCCAGGAGUAGCAGAAACAGAGGUGGUACAGGUGAAGAAAAAGGAAGAAGUGAAUUUUAUUUCUGAGACAGAUCAGGAGAGUGAGUUUAAAAUAGAAAAUGAAAAGGAAAAUGGUCUUGAAGCUGAAACUAUGAUAGAAUAUGAGCCAAUGCUUGAUUCUGAAGCUGCCCUAGAAAUGAUUGUACCUGAAAGUCAUUCUCCUAGAGAAGAGAUAGAGUUUAGCUUAAUCGUGCAAGAUGAUCGGCGUCCACAGCAACAUUUGCAACAGCAAAUGGAAGAGCCUGUUAAGACUCUCACAUCAAGCAGCAAGUCUGGUAACCGAGCUAGAGGGCAUUUAAAGGAGAAAAGAAAAAGUAGGAGCAGCAGCAGCUCCUCCUCUAGUAGUACCUCCACUUCCAGUAGUAGUGGUAGCAGCUCUAGUAGUAGCAGUAGUGAAAGUAGUAGCCAGAGCAGUUCUAGCAGUAGUAGCAGUAGUAGUCGCAGUAGUUCUAGUAGUAGCUCAAGCAGUGAGAGUCGUAGUCGGGAGCGGGGUCACAAUAAGAAGCGUAGAAGGCGCAGUGCAGAAAGGGACAGAGAGCGAGAAAGGAAGAGAGGAAACCCAGGAGUUGACAGGAAUCACAAGUCAUCCAAGGGAAGCAGUCGGGACAUUAAAGGGUCCAAGGACAAGAACUCCAGAGCAGACAGGAAGAGGUCAGUUUCAGAAGGCAGUCGUUCGGGGAAAAGACCUUCACGCAACGAAAGAGAACGCAAAUCAGACAGAAAGGACAAAAGGCGAUAAAAGGGCUGACAGAAGAGAGAGCAGGCCCCUACCCCUUGCUUUUAAAAUGCAAACAGUUUUUGCAGCCGAAGAGGAUUGUAGACAUGGAGGAGAAAUGUUCCUUUAUAAGGAAUUGGUCGCCUUAAGUAUCACA